AUGUACAAAGAAGGCCCCGUAGGAGGAAUAGACAAUUAUUUGAAAGAUGAUCAUUUGAAUUACAUUGCUAUAAGUUACUUAGAGAUUUCAAAUAACAAGCUUACAUUCAAUGUGACCACUCUGAUACACUCGAAUGGGAAGAUAGCGUUUUAUUAUGACUACAUUUCUAAGGGAAUUAAGGGAAAUCAAGUGAAAUCGGGCUUGAACGGUGUGAUUAAAUGCGAAAAUAAUGAAGGUAAUAAAAUGGCUGAAACAAAAGUUCAUGAAAAAUGGAUCCAAAGUGGCACGUUGGUGGAGUAUGAACUUCUCGGGGGUAAUGACGAAUGUCAAUGUUACGAGUGA